UCACUCCCCCCACGCGCACCCCUCCCUCCGCCACCUUUUUCUCACACCGUCUUUGUGUUCACGUUGCUCCGUGUUAAGCGUUAUCGUUUAUAACCGCUUGCCUAAACCACAGUGAAACGGUGGAGGGUUGCAACGAAUUUAUUCAACCCAACACUAGGCGCGGGACCUGGCAUUGCGUUUGAACUGCUCGAACCCUUGGGCACUAACAGUACCCAUCAUCUGAAUGAACAAUCGCAAGAGAAGCGGCUUUCGGAAAUCGUGCUUUAGACCAUAGGCUACACUGCAACCGCAGUAAUAGAGCUCAGCCUCGUGUGUUCUCCUGAGUGAAAUGUAUUGAGUAGCACAGGGAGAAAUUGGAAAAUUAUUCCCAGUCGCAAUACGUUACGCUUUACGGUUACGGGAGAAAACGGACGGAGUCCUGAUCAUUUGUAAAAUUCAUACAGUUAACAAGAGAGAGGUCGGUCCUUGUUGGAUGUCACCAUGAUCUCUUCAAAAGACAAGCCCAAGAAGAAACCGCCCAAAGAUAGCAUGACCCUGCUGCCUUGCUUCUAUUUUGUAGAGCUCCCCAUCGUUGCCUCCUCCAUGGUGUCCCUGUACUUCCUGGAGCUCACGGACCUUCUGCAGCCCGCACAGGUGGGGUUCCGUUGCCACGACCGCUCCCUCAGCAUGCCGUACGUGGACAGUGGCGACGAGCUCAUCCCCCUGCUCAUGCUGCUCAGCCUGGCCUUCGCUGGCCCUGCUGCCUCUAUCAUGAUGGGGGAGGGGCUGGUGUACUGCCUGCAGUCCCGGCUGAAGAUCCGUCCCGGCGCCGAGGGCAGCAUCAACGCCGGCGGCUGCAAUUUCAACUCCUUCCUGCGCAGAACGGUGCGCUUUGUGGGUGUCCAUGUUUUCGGGCUCUGUGCCACCGCUCUGGUUACCGACGUGAUCCAGCUGGCCACUGGCUAUCACACCCCAUUCUUUCUGACCGUCUGCAAGCCCAACUACACUCUCCCUGGUGUCUCCUGUGACAAAAAUCCCUACAUCACCCGGGAUAUUUGCUCAGGCCAAGAUCAGCAUGCCAUCCUCUCUGCCAGGAAAACCUUUCCUUCCCAGCAUGCCACCCUUUCUGCCUUUGCUGCUGUUUAUAUAUCUAUGUAUUUCAACUCCACCAUCUCAGACAGCACCAAGCUGCUGAAGCCGGUCCUGGUUUUCGCGUUUGCCAUCGCGGCGGCCCUGACGGGCCUGACGCAGAUCACCCAGUACCGCAGCCACCCCAUCGACGUCUACGUUGGCUUCCUCAUCGGGGCCGGCAUCGCCGCUUACCUGGCUUUUCAUGCCGUUGGAAACUUCAAGUCCUCUGAGGACGCGCCUCCGAAGCCGCCGCUGCCGCCGCCUAAGGACGCGCUGCGUGCGCUGACGCAGCGGGGCCACGACUCCGUGUACCACAAGGGCCACGCGUCGGAGAGCAAUGACGAGCUGUCGGCCCCGCAGACCAUGGAGGGGCUGAACCGGCAGGUGCAGCGGGAGAAGGCUUCCCUGGGCAGCCUGAAGAGGGCCAGCGUGGACGUGGAGCUGCUGGCCCCCCGCAGCCCCAUGGGGAAGGAGACCAUGGUGACCUUCAGCAACACCCUGCCCCGCACCAACAACUGCGCCGCUGAAGACCCCGGGCGCCGUCACAUGACCAUCCACGUGCCGGUGGACCCCCUGCGCUCCAAGCAGCUGGUGUCGGAGUGGAAGCAGAAGUCCAUGGAGCUGCGCGGGAUGAGCCUGAGGGGGGACGAGGAGGAGGAGGACAGCGAGGACGGCUCCGACACGGGCGACGACUGCGCCGAGGACGAGGCCGCCAUGCCCCCCUCGCUCUACCCCACGGUGCAGGCCAGCCGGGGCGUGGCGGCGGCGGCGGCGGCGGUGGCGGUGGGUGGACACAGGGUCGCCAUCCCUCCGCGGCCGGGCGCUCCGCAGCUGGUGCACAUCCCCGAGGAGGCGGCGGGCCCCCCGCCGGUGUCGCCCAAGAGCGCCAGCACCAGGGCCAAGUGGCUGUCCAUCACGGAGAAGAGCGGCGCCGCCGUGCCGGCCCACCUGCGGCCCCCCAACCAGCCGCGCAUCAUGCAGGUCAUCGCCAUGUCCAAGCAGCAGGGCCUCAUCGGCGCCCCGCCCAAGUCCUCCGACACCUCGUCCUCCUGCACCUCCUCCACCGCCAGCGCCGAGUCGCCGCUCUACCGCCCCCCCUCGGAGCGCGACGGCGCCAGCAUCGUCACCGUGGACGCCCACGCCCCGCACCACCCGGUGGUGCACGUGUCCUCGGGCAACGGGAGCCCGUGGGAGUGGAAGACCGCCACCAACGGCAGCGCCGCCGACUUCCACGAGUCCUACGAGCUCAACGACCUCAACCGGGACUGCGCCCGCAGCUACCGCUCCGUCAAGAGCGUGUCCCCCGCCUCCUCCGCCAGCGAGGCCGACCUGGAGCCCCCCCCUCCCCCUCACCUGGACCUGCAGCCGGACGGGCGCGGCCGCGACUCCACCCUGCGAAGGAAGCCUCCUCUCUCUGCCCAGGACAGGGACAGCAGCCAGCCUCAGACAGAACACGACCCCUAUUACAAAAAACUUCAAACCAGCCGCCGCUAUAAAGACUGAAAGCACCAGACUAAAUUGUAAACAGCACAAAAAUUGGGCAAGAGGGAUUUGGGGUAAUAUGAUAUGCAUCAGCCUGAGUUUUUCAACAACACUGGCAGGAGAGAGGAAAGUGAACACUGCUUUAUUAGAUGACAGCCUAGACCAGCUUGAAGUAAACAACAUGAAUGGACUGAUAGAAAGAGGUGCCAAGGGAUAUUUACAACCUUGAGGUGUCUCAGCAGAUUUGGAAGCAGAAGCUGUGAGCCUCUUACUUCAACAGGUUCAAAAGCAGCAAGAAGAUUGUCAUUGCUUCAUGUGUUCAAAUUGAAAAUAAAUCUAAACAACAGUACCGAAAAAAGAAAACAGGAACAUGUAUCCCCUCACAGAGCUGUAUAAGGCAGAUGAUAUUCUUUCCCUGUUUCA